CCAUAGAAUGCGCAACCUGUGAUUUUGUGAUUGUUUUACGAGAGUUCAAUACCAGUUUAACUUUUAUGAACGAAUGCUUUAAUGAAAUGUGAAUUAAAAGUAUUUGAUGUACAUUAAAUUGCGUUAAAAUGUAUGGGAAAUUUUUGUGGUGUUACGUAUUUUCAUUGACAUUGUUGGAUAUUUCCCUCAACACUAAACUGACAGCUCAGGGAAAGAGCCAUGGUGCUACAAUCCAUGACUCCAUAGCAGAUAAUAUUGGUUUUCAAGAAUGGGGUGCAGAAUCAAUCUCAAGCGAGAGCAACGACAGCACAGACAGUAUAGAGGGCGUGGCUUUGUGGCCGCCGGCGCUCCAGUUCGGUCCUUCAGCUCUGGCGGCGCCUCACACCCGCCUCGUCACCCUCACCAACUUGGCAAACAGCACGCUGCAUCUCGCCUCCGUCGCCGGGACCACGCCAGACUUUCACGCGUCCUUCUUCGAGUCUAAGUCAGUACCGCCACAAGGGAACACAACAUUCAGCGUGGUUUACCUCGGGAGGCAGGAGGGGCUGGUGUCGGCGCAUCUGUAUAUACACACCUCUCUGGGGGUUCACAAGUAUCCGGUUUCAGCGAUAGGCGAGGCGAGCGAGUACGAGGUGUGGCCGCUGGUGGGGCUCCGAGUGCCAGCCAAUGCGAGCCUCGAGCCCGAGCUGACCAUGUACAAUCCCACGGACAAGAGCAUACAGGUGACAGAGGUGUACUCGUCGGGGUCGUGGGUGCGGCUGCGACUGGCGGGAGGCGACGCGAGUGCGCCGGGCGCGGCGUGGUUGGUGCCGCCGCGGCAGACGCGCGCGCUCGUGACGCUGCGGGUGUCGCCGCCCUACGCCCGCCGCGCCACGGCCUACGUGCGUAUAAAAGCGAAUAUCCCGGGCGGUGGACUCGUGGUGUGUGUGGAAGCACGUGGUGCGGCCGCCGGCGAGUACGCGCGACCAGCGCAGGUGCGGCUCACGUCGCGCGGCGCGAGGGAUGCACCGCACACGGUCGUGGUGGAGGCGGCAAACAGUGGCAGCGGUCGCGUGAAGCUAUCGAGCGCGGUGGGCGAGGCGGGCUGCUGGCCGCACGCACACUCGCACGCCUCGCACGCACACUGCGAGCCGCGCACGCACACGCACGCACACAACGGUGGUGUGGAAGAGCAGACUGGCAUACAUUUGACAGUGCUCAGGUCCCACCUGGAGCCACACGAGAACUUUGCUAAGGUUGCACAACUAACGAUUAAUUAUGGUGAGCUGUGGGAUAGGUGGGGCGCGGCGGGUGCUCUGUGGUGCGGCGGCUGCGUGCGCGUGGGUGAAGCGACUGUCCCGUACAGCGUGACUGUACGCGCGGGAACACUGUCGCUGACCCCGCCCGCCAUACACAUAGUUACUUCGAAGGACGAAGGUACAAGCGAGUACGAGGUUCGCGCUGGGAAUGAGUUUGAAGUGCCGAUCCUGGUCACCGGUUUGCACCUGCCCGACUUGCACACUAGAUACUUGAAGUUGACAGAUUUGACACCGCUGACGAUAGCGCCGGGUGAGAACGUGACGCUGCUGAGGCUGCGACUGAUAGAGCCCCCGGAGCGCGAUCUGACCAUCGACACUUUCGUGACGGUGUACACUAACUUGUCCCAGUACCGGCUGCCCGUGGCGGUCUACAGUGGACACUUCCACAUUGAGUGGCAGUGGGCCGGCGCCCGCGACGGCGGCGUGGAGCUGGGCGUGGUGGCCACGUCCAGCACGGUGCGCGUGCCGCUGCGGCUGCACAACCCCGCGCCCGCGCCGCUCUGUCUCACCGACGUGGCCGCGCGGCUGGCCGCCGCCUCGUGCUCGCUCAACAUCGCGCAGCAAUGUGUGGGGGCCGGCGAGUGGAUCUCAGGCGUGCUGGUGGUGGUGGCGCCGGCCCGCGAGUGCCAGGCCAGCGGGCACGUGCGCGUGACGUCACAACACGCCUCCACCCGCGGCGCCGUGACGCUGCGUGCGCUGGCGGGCCGCCUCGCCGCGCCGCCACGCGUCGCGCCGCCCUUCGCCCCCUACUGCGGCACAUCGGUGUCGCUGGUGUUGGAGAACAGCAUGUCGGUGUGGAUGAGGCUGACGGGCGCCUCGCACCCUGACCCCGACACCCAGCGGCUGGCCACCUUCCUUGGGAAUGGGGCGCAGGGGGUGGAGGCAGAGAUAGCGCCGGGCCGCUCCACCGUGGGGCUGGUGUCCUUCACGCCGGAGACCGUGUGUGAGCCGCGCUGCUACACCGGCCUCGACCUCACCACGACAGAGGGCGAGCGGUGGUUGACGUCGGCGGCGCAUGAAGCGGACGCGCUCCUGACGGCCCAGCGCCUCGAGCGGUUCGCGGCGCAAACUAGGACGCACAAACUAACGCUGCACUUGCACACUACACAGGUCCUGCAAACACCAGUGGAAAUUAGUACAGAGUACAUUUGGCCACGCCUUGCAGUUGCAAGUGGCAUCAUCACGGAUGAAGCCAGCGACGAAAAUCCCUCCAAAAAUGAGGAGGAGGCUAAUGGCGAAACGGUUUCUCCGAAAAUUGAGAAGAGAUCAGCGGGCACAGAUGAGAAGAAUCGGAGCAAAAUUGGUAAUGCUGGAUUGAUUCCAGUGAGCGGUGAGGGUCAGAUGUGGGUUCGAAUACGGAACCCUUCAACACGGCCUUUGUAUUUACAAAUGUCGCUCGGGGGCGCGCUCAACGUACCUUUGCCAACUGAAGCCGGUGGGGACGCGACGUGGUGUAAAACACAAAAGUGCGUGUGGUCGGACUGUUUCUCCAUCAAAGGAUGGAAACAUGUCAGUGGAAAGGCUCAAUUAUGGGACGAGAAUUAUUUAGAAAACUCGCACAAUGGCGAUGAGGUGACCAUAGAUGGGAUGGGGCAAAAAGAAAAUGUGACAAAUGGGAGCGCGCUGCCCGCGCUUUUGAUGGCGCCCCACGCGGAAAUUGAUGUGCAGAUAGUUUUUGCCCCGAAACAAGCCGAGUCGUUGACUACCUUUUUAUAUUUAAGAAAUAACCUGACGAUAUUGGAAGGCGUUCAGUUGUUUGGAGAGGGCGCGUUCCCGAGCUUCGAUCUGGGAGGACGGCGCCCGGGACUUUCAUCUGUAUUCCAUUUUGAGGUGUCGGAGUGCGCGGGCGUGAAGCGGCGCGUGGUGGCCCGCAACACGGGGCGCGUGGCCGUGCGCGUGUCGGCGUGGGACGUGGCGGGCGGCGGCUGCGCGGCGCGCGCCUUCUCCGUGCAGCCGUGCGGGCCCGCGCGCCUGGCGCCCAACGCGUCCGCCGCGCUCUACGUGCACUACGCGCCCGACUUCACGCUGGCCCGCGCGCACGCGCCGCUCGCGCUGCGCCUCGACGACGCGCCGCUGCGCUACACGCUGCUGGCCACCGUGCCCGCGCACCUGCUGGCUCGCUGCGCGGCGCAGCAGCCGGUGCACCCCUGGGACCCGCUGCUGCGCCGCCUGGUCUCCAUGGUGGCCUUCCUCGUGCUCGCCGUGCUGCUCUUCUCGGCCGUGUUCGACUCCGAGCGGCUCCUGCGCCGCGCCCGCGCCGCCCGCGCGCCUUCGGCCGCCCGCCCGCCGCUGGACCUGCGCGAGAUCACGGCGGAGAUCGUCACCCCUCCACCGCCCCGCGCCGUCUCCAAGAAGCGUCGCCCCGCUCGGCGACAGAUCGAUCCCCGCGCCGAACGACGCGCAUUCGAGCGGUGGCGAAGUGAAGUGUUGCGACGGACGGAGGACGAGUCGUCCCGCUCCAGCGAGGACAACGACGCGGAGGACAACGACAGGAACACGGAGGAGAGGGAGCAGAAGAGCGAAGAGGAAGUGUCAAUAGAGGCGAGUCCGGUGGCGUCCAGUCAGUCGGACGACUCGAGCCCGGCGGAGCGCGACGACGCGGACGAUCACUCGGCGUACGGGGGCGACGCCGAGCCGGAGGAGAGCGCGCGCGACCCCAGCCCGCCGCGCGACCCGCCCAAGAAGCUGGAGCGGCCGCGGCCUGAGUCCCGCCGGCCCGAGCGCGCGCGCGACGACGGCCGUAAGUCUUCGGCCGCGCGCGCCGUGCGCAAGGACAGCAAGCGGCGCCGCGAGCGGGUCGUCGCCACGCCCCCGCGGGACCCGCCCGCCGCCACGCUCACCUGCGGUGUGGUGAAGCCCGUGGUAGCGGACACAAGCCGAAGUGCGGUGCGGCGCGGCGCCACGUGGUCGUCUGUAGUGGCGGGGCCCCCGCUCGCGCCGAUAGGGUCGGAUGUGCGGCGGCGGGGCCCCGCGCCCGACACGUCUCUGUUCUACUACAACGGGGCCCCCGAGCGGCCGCGCAUGGAGCCAGACCUCACGUGGAGGCCGCCCGUGCCACCCGCGCCCUUCCCCAGCGUCAACAGGGACUUUUUGGUUCCAGAGGAGCCGGCGUCGUACAGCCUGGGGUCGGUGUGGGGCGGGGUGUCUGCGGGCCCCGACACGUGGGCCUGGGCCCCGCCGGCCGUGCGCCCUCCGCCCGGGUUCAGUGGCGCCCCCGCCCCCGCGCCGCGUGUGUACGACCCCUUCCGCUCCCUGGCCUCCAUCUGGGCCCCCGCGCCGCACGACUGGUCGCUGCCACCGCGCCCCGACGACGACAACAAACCUGCCCACUCAUAAUCAUCUUACACCAUCACACCACAGUGUAUAUAUCACCUAACUGAGUAUGGAACCUACGUAAUAGUCAGAUAUGACGCACGCACACAUAGACAGGUAGGUGUCAUAUCUCGCGCGACUAACACACACCACUGAGAUAUCCGCUUAGUGGCCUUGUUGAGACCUGCUUAUGUGUGCGUGCGCCGUUUCGAACGUUUGUACGUAGUUUCUAUACUGCUUUAGCGUAUAUAUAUACUGUGACUACUCCCUCGCCAUUGGUCUCAGAUCUUCACCCGAUUGUGGCUCUCGUUAAUCCGACAAAUUUUAUUCAAAGACGCGUAUUUCAUUCAAUACUUCGUUAUCUGCAAAUGUAUUCCUUUCCAACCCCAUUGCAAAGGUUAAAAGGGGGGCAUUAUAUAAUUUUAUUACUGACACAGGAGGGCAUUCCAUCUUGACGUCUCAGAUUUACGGAGUUAUAUAUAUAUAUAUAUAUUUAAAAUGUAAUUAGCGAUAACUUCCAUUUUGUAUGUGUUAAGAAUGUCAGUUAAUAUUUUCCACAAGAUAAUAUUGUCUUUAAAGUAUUUGUUUACAAUACAUGAUGUAGAUAUCUAUACAUGAGGGGUCGAAGCUUGGAAUAACCAUUUGGCAUUCUAUUUUCUUUUUAAAUAUUGUUUAUGGUUGUCAUAAGUGUAAUAUGUGAAAGGCUAUCAAUAUGGACUCCGAUAAAACGCUUAAUUGUUACCCCUGCUCACAUAUUUUUAUAUGACUGCUUAUAUGUAUUAUCUUAUAACUAUCGCAUAAAGACUUUUGACUUUAAUGUAGACCUUAUUUUGUGGGUGUAGAUAAAUUAAGACAUACAUAAAUUCAUAUGAAAUAUAGCCAAAGUAAAGUAUUUUGAAACUUUACUCGUGUAUUUUAUCUUUACUUUGGACUUUAAUAUACCCACAACUUCUGUAUUACAAUAUCUCUAUUAUUUAUGGACCAGUCAAUGAAUAUGAGAGUAAGAGUAGCAUAAAGCGUGGCUAAGUUUAAACUAUUGUUUUUUAUGUGUUCUAAAGUGCGGUGUCGGGCGUUCGUUCGGUGAUGUCUAGUCAUGAUUUCACUUCAGCCGAACGUUGCAUUCGUGAAGUACAUUUUAUAUUUUAAGCAUUAACGACUCGCUUUUAUGAUACUUAUAAGUUGUAUUUCUCGCCGCGGUGGUGAAAAAUAAGGCUUCGGCGGCAAAUGAUGGCAAGUAACAAAUCAUAAGAAAUUUAUUUACUUUAAUUUCAAAUAAAAUAUUUAAUUUAAAAUAAAUUACUUUGGCGCAUAAUGUUUCAAAAUAUUGGAAUUUAAAAUAAACUAGCUGUUGCCAUAUCUUUUGCCGCUCUGACCUCGUUUAUCUGUUCUGUAAACACCUGUUAUAAUGUUCAAGUAUCAAAACUGUUGACUCCGCACUAAUCUGUCGUUUCUUGUUGAGAUAGAUCUGUUUUGAACAAAUAUGUAUGCUUGAUCUACACUUGUUUGUUCAUAUCGCCUCGUGUGGCGUUAGUCAAAAAGUACACAGUGAAGUGAAAUAUUGGAAGCUUUGAAAUAAACGUUAAUGAACAAAUCGGUUACAGUGGAAAUUGGCGAAUUAUUAUCAAUACAAAAUUCAUGCAUUAAAGUUUAUUAGUUAUAUUGCAUAAAUGUGGGAACAAAAUGAAAAUUCACAUUAUAAAUUACAAAAUAUUACAACCACAGUUGCAAGACAAUGUCAUCUUGUUAAAUAAAAUUAUACCUGCUUUUAAAUGGAUGCCGGGUAAAAUAUUUCGCCAAUUUUCACCGUACAAAUAAUAUACCAAGUAUUCCAACGUUUCAAUUAUUACUUGUGAGAUUAUGAAGUGUUCACACAGACACGAGUUAGCUCACGUGAUGUUGUUUAUGAAGUGACACUACACCUUGUGUUGUGAUUGAGGUGAUCACUAGUCGACUGUACAACAUUACAACUUCCGUUUUUGUCUCUUGAAGACUGAGUAAAUAUGUUUUUCUUAAAUGCA